UUUGCUCUGAACAGGUUCUUCCAGUGACUGAAGGCGACAAAUGAUGGGAGGAGCCAAUAGCAGUUCCUCAGAGGGUUUUGUCCUGAUGGGUAUAUCUGACCAUCCCCAGCUGGAGAUGAUCUUUUUCGUAGCCAUCCUCUUCUCUUACUUGCUGACCCUGGUUGGGAACUCAACUAUCAUCCUGCUUUCCCACCUAGAUGCCCGGCUCCACACGCCCAUGUACUUUUUCCUCAGCAACCUCUCCUCCCUGGACCUUGCCUUUACUACUAGCUCAGUCCCCCAAAUGUUAACCAAUUUAUGGGGGCCAGAAAAGACCAUCAGCUAUGGUGGCUGUGUGACCCAACUGUAUGUGUUCCUUUGGUUAGGGGCUACUGAGUGCAUUCUGCUUGUGGUGAUGGCAUUUGACCGCUACAUCGCAGUUUGCUGGCCCCUGCACUACACCACCAUUGUGAAUCCUCGGCUCUGCUGGCUGCUGGCUGCUACUGCCUGGCUGGGUGGCUUGGGCAACUCUGUGAUCCAGUCAACAUUCACUCUGCAGCUCCCACUGUGUGGGCACCGGAGGGUGGACAGCUUCCUCUGUGAGGUGCCCGCCAUGAUCAAACUGGCCUGCGGAGACACAAGCCUCAAUGAGGCUGUGCUCAACGGUGUCUGCACCUUCUUCACUGCAGUCCCACUAAGCAUCAUCCUGAUCUCCUAUUGCUACAUUGCUCAGGCAGCACUGAAGAUCCGCUCCACAGAGGGACGGCGAAAGGCAUUUGACACGUGCCUCUCCCAUCUGGUGGUGGUGUUCCUCUUCUAUGGCUCAGCUAUCUAUGGCUAUUUGCUUCCAGCUAAGAACAGCAACCAGGACCAGGGCAAGUUCAUUUCCCUGUUCUACUCUGUGGUCACGCCCAUGGUGAAUCCUCUCAUCUACACUCUAAGGAACAAGGAAGUGAAGGGGGCACUGAGAAGGCUGCUGAGGAAAGGAAGAGAAGUCGGCUGAGAGAAGGGGAAACACCUAUGCUGUUUAUUGCUUCUUCAUC